AUGCCGGGCCGCAUGGCGCAUAUGCAGCAGGUCAAGUGGGCUACUGCUUACGCUGCCAUGUUAUCCACAACCCUCCUCUUCGCCCUUGACAACACAAUCGUCGCCAACAUCAAACCAGCCGUCAUCAACGAUUUCGGGCACCUCGAGCUACUCUCAUGGAUCGGCACUGGCUUCGCCCUUGGAACCAUGUUCAUCCUGCUCUGGGGUAAGAUCUAUGGUGUCUUCAACAUCAAGUGGGUAUACAUCUUCAACAUUGUCCUGUUUGAAGCCGGCAUCGCGCUUUGCGGUGUUACUCCAAAUAUGACAGCGCUGAUCAUCGGCCGUGUUGUUGCUGGAAUCGGGGGUUCAGGCAUGUAUUCAGCCCAAGACCUUGGCAUGAUCCUAUUUCUUGCUAUCAGUGGUAGCCUUUUCCACAACGUAGCCGUCGACAAAUUCGGCAAAGCUCUUCCAGAUUUCUCGGAAAAGGAGAUUGGAAACCUUAUCGCGGAAUCAAGCAGCAAGGCUUCCCAAGCGUUAUCUGGAACGGAAAAGACUCUGAUGACUCCAGAGAUUGCCAGUGCCAUGACCACUAUAUGGGCCUUCUUCCUUGCAGCUGCUGCAUUGAGCGUCCUGUGCUCUUUACCACUAUUGUCUCGGUUUGCUGAUACAUGGGUAGUUAUCGGAAGCAAGCUUGGCGGAAUUCCUUAG